AGAACAAUAGAGCAGUGAGCGAUUUCUACACAAAUAGUUCUCAUAAUGAUGAAGAAGGUGGUUUCUCACCAGAAUUCAGUACUGUAUUCUACGGCAUCAUUCUCACUAGGGCGACUUGCACGAAAUUGCGAAGGACGACCGAACCUGCCCACUCCGCUUACACACACCUCCCCCAUUUCACCAUGGCACCAAGGUGACCUCGUGCCAUAGACGCCCUCACUAUCAACCUCGACUUCUCCUUGUAUCCCUGUCAGCGAUCAUGACAGCAGAAUCUCGACUGAACCAGAUCGUCAAAGACGCACCAACAGCCAACGUCCGACCUCCACCCACAGCACCACUCCCUGCACUCGGCAAAUCGUCACAGUCCGAGAAAUACAGUCCCGACUCAGCCCUCGCAGCACUACCCUCGUCCCCGCCCCAGAUCUAUCUCAACCUCCUCAUCCUCGAAUCCUCCCUGCGCGCACAGUACCUCCACCUCGUCGCUCGCCGUCGCCUGAAUUCCUUCUUCCUCCUGCUCCUCGCCUCGUGGAACGCUCUAUUCUUCUAUGCCCUCUUCCUGCGCCCGCGCGAAGAUGGCACUGGCCUCGGCGGCUCCGUCUACUGGGUCGUCGAGACGUCCGAAAAACUCGCGUUGAUGGGAGGUGUGGUGACGGUCCUCCUGGUGUGGGGAACAGGACAAUUCGAACGUGGGAUACGCUGGCCGCGCAAGUGGCUCGGCACCACCAACCGCGGCCUGCGAGGCUUCAAUUUACGGGUGGUCGUUAUCCGAGGAAAAUUCUGGCGAGAGAUUCUUGGUCAUUUAUCCUUUCUAUUGCCUUAUGGUCUAUGGCGCGAAGCCGGCGGCUCAGACUGGCAUGUGGUCGAGCACGAGGACGGGACUGUUGCCGAAGAAGACCUCGCCAAAGGAGGCGACAGUGUCAUGCUGCUCCUCCUACCGAAAUCAUUCAGCCCGGAGUUCCGCGAGAAUUGGGAAGAAUACCGCACAGAAUAUUGGGAGAAGGAAAACGAGCGCCGUGCGGGCCUGCGCAAAAAGCUCACUCACCAACGGCGCUUGAGAGCUAAGGAGGCCGGCGGCUGGAAAUGGUGGACAGGUGCCUGGAAAUUGGCACCGAAUCGACCUACACGCCGGCACCACGAUCUCGAAAAGCAUCCACAUGGACAUCAUCAUUCCAAUGGGCGACAAGGCUCGGUUUCCACAUUGGCAGGAGCUCUAGCAUUGGGCGCAGGUCGACGCCGAACAGGCCUGGAUUCGGACUCGACACAGAGUCGGAGCAGACAAUCAUCGAGGUCUUCGACGCCGCAUCUGGACCUCGACGGAAGCGCUGACACGGGACGACCUGUAUCAGAGCGUGUGCGCCGCGGCAGCAGUGUGAGUAGCACGGCAAGCGUCCGACGGAAACCAAGGAGCGCGGUCGACAGGAAGGACUCUGGUCUGAGUCCGCUUACAUCAUCCUCCAAUGCUGCGGCAGAAGAUGAGCGUGAAGAACGUCGACGAAGGCGCAGAGAACGGGAGGCUGCAAGGGAGAGGGAAAAGAAAACAAAAGACAACAGGGAAGAUAAUGAUGCGAGUGCGAGUAGUGUACCGACGACACCCAAAUCUGAGGCUUUCGAGAUCAAGUCGGAGCCUGGACUUGCUUCUUUGGAGUCGAUACCGGCUUGACUGGUAUCUUGAGUAUACCUACCAAGUUACUCUUAGAAAUAGUGCUUGUGACAUUAGGAAUACCAGACAUUCAAUCCACGGCAUGCUUUUGUUUCUAGACUCAGCUUAC